CAGAAGCUGAUCCGACUGUUGUGAUGGCCUCACCCGGAUUCUCAACAUAUGUUGCCUUGCAAAAAAAGGAGUAUAGUUUCCUGCCCGGUCCCUAUAUGGCAUUUGAUGACGUGGAAUGUGUGGACACAAAUAGUGCCAAGUUUGUGAACCCUCUCAAGUACUACUCCCCCUUCACCUACGAACAUUGCUUCAUGGAGUGUGUCCGGAUAAAGGCUUUCGAUGAGUGUGGAUGUGUCGGUCCAUCUGAUCCACAGGAUCUUCCCAGGUGCUCUCUGGUGAAGCAGGAUAGCUGUUACACGACCUUUGUCAGAGAAAUGUCCAAGAAUGGUACCUUCGUGAAGGAAUGUGGGUGUGUCGGUGAAUGCACGCUCAUCAGGUACACUGCCCAGGUGUCCUCAAGCUCCUUCCCAGCAAACAUCUGAGUCAACACCUUCCUCAACUCCACAGAGACUCGGGACAGGGCGACCAUGGUGUAAGAUUUGCAUAUAAACUGACACCAGACUCUAUUUCCAAAACACACAUUCACAUCUUUUAUGUGUUUCAAAUACACUAAACUACCCGUGGUAAACACUUUGGAAGAAUAUUUCAAUUUUGUUCAAUUGUUUUCGU